GUAUGGUUGAGCGGAAUAGCACUCUAAAGGGACCAGAAUUUACGUUGGAAAUUUGGUAUCACUGGUAGGAGGUUCAGAAGUGUAAUGACAGCCUGCAGUUUGGAAAAAGUUUACUCUGUCUACCACUAAAUCUCUAAGAUGUUGAACAGUUAUCGUAAGAUGCUGUGAUUUGAUGAUUGGAAGGCAGUUUGAAAAACUGUUUAAAUAACCAACCACUAAAUCUCUAAGAUGUUGAACAGUUAUCGUAAGAUGCUGUGAUUUGAUGAUUGGAAGGCAGUUUGAAAAACUGUUUAAAUAACCAACAGAGAAGCCUAAAGAUGUCAUUUACUAAUCAAAAAAAUUUAAGGACCACAGUACAGCUAUGGAUAGUGAACCGAACCCUGGAACAUCAUCUGCAUCAACAACAAGCAGUAGCACCACCACUACCACCAUCACCACUUCGUCCUCUCGAAUGCAGCAGCCACAGAUCUCUGUCUACAGUGGAUCAGACCGACAUGCCGUACAGGUAAUUCAACAGGCCUUGCAUCGCCCGCCCAGCUCAGCUGCUCAGUACCUCCAGCAGAUGUACGCCGCCCAGCAGCAGCACCUGAUGCUGCACACUGCAGCCCUUCAGCAGCAGCACUUGAGCAGCUCCCAGCUUCAGAGCCUUGCUGCCGUCCAGGCAAGUCUGUCCAGUGGAAGACCAUCUACGUCCCCCACAGGAAGUGUCACACAACAGUCAAGUAUGUCCCAGACAUCUAUCAACCUCUCCACUUCUCCUACACCUGCACAGUUAAUAAGCCGUUCCCAGGCUUCCAGUUCUACCAGCGGCAGUAUUACCCAACAGACUAUGUUGCUAGGGAGUACCUCCCCUACCCUAACUGCAAGCCAAGCUCAAAUGUAUCUCCGAGCUCAAAUGCUGAUUUUCACACCCGCUACCACUGUGGCUGCUGUACAGUCUGACAUUCCUGUUGUCUCGUCGUCAUCAUCUUCCUGUCAGUCUGCAGCUACUCAGGUUCAGAAUUUAACAUUACGCAGCCAGAAGUUGGGUGUGCUAUCUAGCUCACAGAAUGGUCCACCAAAAAGCACUAGUCACACUCAGUCAUUGACAAUUUGUCAUAACAAAACAACAGUGACCAGUUCUAAAAUCAGCCAACGAGAUCCCUCUCCGGAAAAUAAUAGGAAAGGAGAAAGCCCAAGUCUGGAGUCACGAAGUACCGCUGUCACCCGGACAUCAAGUAUUCACCAGUUAAUAGCACCAGAGGAAGGUGUCAGGGAAUCAACUAAGUCAUUUUCAUUCUCAUCAGCCUUUGAAUCCCACCUGCACUUCUGCUGUCCACAGAUAACCUUGCGUCCUGGUUCUCAUGCUGAAAAUGUUGGAGCCAUCUGGACUUCAUAUCCUCCAAUUCAGCCUCAUCCUCUAAUAAAACAUCAGCAGAUUCCUCUUCAUUCAUCACCUCCCAAGGUUUCCCAUCAUCAGCUGAUACUACAACAGCAGCAACAGCAAAUUCAGCCAAUCACACUCCAAAAUCCAACUCAAGAUCCGCCCCCAUCCCAGCACUGUAUACCACUCCAAAACCAUGGCCUUCCUCCAGCUCCCAGUAAUGCCCAGUCGCAGCAUUGUUCACCAAUUCAGAGUCAUCCCCCUCCCUUAACAAUGUCUCCUAGCCAGUCACAGUCAGCACAGCAGUCUGUGGUGGUAUCUCCUCCUCCACCUCAUUCACCCAGUCAGUCUCCUACUAUAAUUAUUCAUCCACAAGCACUUAUUCAGCCACACCCUCUUGUGUCAUCAGCUCUCCAGCCAGGGCCAAACUUGCAGCAGUCCACUGCUAAUCAGGUGCAGCCAACAGCCCCGCUGAAUCUCCCAUCCCAUCUUCCACUUUCAGCUUCCCCUGUUGUACACAUUGGCCCAGUUCAGCAGUCGGCCUUGGUGUCCCCAGGUCAGCAGAUUGUGUCUCCAGCAUCACACCAGCAAUAUUCAACCCUGCAGUCCUCUCCAAUCCCAAUUGCAACCCCUCCGCAGAUGUCGACAUCUCCGCCAGCUCAGAUUCCACCACUGCCCUUGCAGUCUAUGCAGUCUUUACAAGUGCAGCCUGAAAUUCUAUCCCAGGGCCAGGUUUUGGUACAGAAUGCUUUGGUGUCAGAAGAGGAGCUUCCAGCUGCAGAAGCUUUGGUCCAGUUGCCAUUUCAGACUCUUCCUCCUCCACAGACUGUAGCGGUAAACCUACAAGUACAACCACCAGCACCUGUUGAUCCACCAGUGGGAAUGCAUUUGAACCAGUGUCAUCUGCACAAAGUUUUUUCUCUUAAGGUUUAUCAAGUAGAAGAUGUGUGUGAAGAAGAAAUGCCGGAAGAGUCAGAUGAGUGUGUCCGGAUGGACAGAACCCCACCACCACCCACACUGUCUCCGGCAGCUAUUACUGUGGGGAGAGAAGAUUUGACUUCUGAACAUCCUUUGUUAGAGCAAGUGGAAUUACCUGCUGUGGCAUCAGUCAGCGCUUCAGUAAUUAAAUCGCCUUCAGAUCCUUCACAUGUUUCUGUUCCUCCUCCUCCACUCUUACUUCCAGCUGCUACCACAAGGAGUAACAGUACCUCUGUGCCCAGUGGCAUUCCCAGUAUAGAAAACAAACCUCCACAGGCCAUUGUUAAACCACAGAUCUUGACCCAUGUUAUUGAAGGCUUUGUGAUUCAGGAGGGAUUAGAGCCAUUUCCUGUGAGUCGUUCAUCUUUGCUAAUAGAACAGCCUGUGAAGAAAAGGCCUCUUUUGGAUAAUCAGGUGAUAAAUUCUGUGUGUGUUCAGCCAGAGCUACAGAAUAAUACAAAGCAUGCAGAUAAUUCAUCUGACACCGAGAUGGAAGACAUGGUUGCUGAAGAGACAUUAGAAGAAAUGGACAGUGAGUUGCUCAAGUGUGAAUUCUGUGGGAAGAUGGGAUAUGCUAAUGAAUUUCUGCGGUCAAAGCGAUUCUGCACUAUGUCAUGUGCCAAAAGGUACAAUGUUAGCUGUUCUAAAAAAUUUGCACUUAGUCGUUGGAAUCGUAAGCCUGAUAAUCAAAGUCUUGGGCAUCGUGGCCGUCGUCCAAGUGGCCCUGAUGGGGCAGCAAGAGAACAUAUCCUUAGGCAGCUUCCAAUUACUUAUCCAUCUGCAGAAGAAGACUUGGCUUCUCAUGAAGAUCCUGUGCCAUCUGCUAUGACAACACGUCUGCGAAGGCAGAGUGAGCGGGAAAGAGAGCGUGAGCUUCGGGAUGUGAGAAUUAGGAAAAUGCCUGAGAACAAUGACUUGCUACCAGUUGCACAAACAGAGCCCUCUAUAUGGACAGUUGAUGACGUCUGGGCCUUCAUCCAUUCUUUGCCUGGCUGCCAGGAUAUUGCAGAUGAGUUCAGAGCCCAGGAGAUUGAUGGACAGGCUCUUCUCUUGCUAAAAGAAGACCAUCUAAUGAGUGCAAUGAAUAUCAAGCUGGGCCCAGCCUUGAAGAUCUGUGCACGCAUCAACUCUCUGAAGGAGUCUUAACAGGAUCUCGAGCCUUUGAGAUAACAGGAGUUUUGCUCUUCUUAAACAAACUCGUAAGGUUGGCCUGUUGGCCCAGAAUAUUAUCACGUAUUGUGCUGGGUAGCCAAGAAAAUUGGGAUUUCCACAUUAGAAGCUGAUAUUUCUUCUACAGAUACAAUAAUUCAUCAUACAUUUUCAUAAUCAGCCAACACUGAUGAAAUUCAUUUUACAGGUUACACACAACAUUGAAAGACUUGUUAUAGAGGGCCAUGAUAUUUUUCAAAGAAAUAUGUUAUAGUAGAUAAUUUUUUAAGAAGUAAUGUUUAUCAUUAAUAUAAAGAAUUCUUUUAAAAGUAAUUUAAUGAUUUAUGUUUCUCCUCUUUUGAUCCAAUUUUGUUACACACUUUCCUACUCUAUAAGUUUUCCGUAGGUCGUCAUGAGAGAUAAUUUAGGAGUCCAGUGACUAGGACUGUAUGCAGUGAGCUGCCAGUGCAUUUUACAAGAACACGUCUGUUAGAAAGUUGCUUUGUCUGUAAAGGAGAAUUGCGUUCUAGCAUGACUAAUACUGAUCUGGAAGUCUGAAGAGUUGGUUUCUGUUCCAAACUUGAUAAAGAAUUUGGUGUAGCUAAGAAAGUUUUCCCCUUAGUUUUUGUACAUCUAGAGCUGUGGUUCUCAACGGAGAUUAGUUUUGCUGCCAUGGGGACGUUUUGUUUGUCACAGUUUGUUGGAUGAGGGAGGGUGGCUUUUGUGUCUAACACAUGGAGGACAGGGAUGUAUUGCUGUUUGUCCCACAGCACAUAGGACAGCCCUUCACAGCAGAGUUACGUGGUCUAAAAUGUCAGUAGUGCCAGGGUUGAGAAACUCUGGUGUAGGAAUUACAAACAUUUCUCUUUUUCAUCCACAGGCAUACUUUAUACAAUGGAAAUAUUUCAGAUAGUAUCAGUGUUCUGCUGAAGUAUUUUUCCCAGUGUUUGCACGUUAGACAAGUUGGGGGGGAUGAUUAAACUGGCUGAUAAAGUGAGGACUAGCAUACAAAGAAUUUGACUCUUAGAAGAUAUUUUAUAUUAUCUUCAAUACCUCUCUGCUCUGAUGUUCCAGUACAGAAGGCAUAAUCUGAUUUUACCUUAUGAACCAGAGCACAUACAGCUUUGCUGACAAAGCAAUAGUUUGUAGCCGGCUGAUAUGUGUGGUCUUUGGGGUUUUUCUAAUGUUGAACAUGCUGGCUCUAGCUAGAAAGCAUAGUCCUUUUUUUUUCUUUUGACUAAUCCCCUGCAUACUUCUUCAGAGCACUUACCAAGUGAUAUCUCUUGGAUGGUGAGAUCUAAUUUUCUAUGUAAUUUUCUUGUUUCAGGAGAAAAAUUUUAAAGCAGAACCUUUCAUUGAACAGUUAGUGAUCUGUUGGAAUUAUGACACUAAAUAUCGUGAGAGCCCUAAGCGCUUUAUAGUCCUGGACGUCAAAGAUUUGUUUGAAUCUUUUUCAUCUUAUCUUUACCAUACAAUGGAAAUGUUUUAUAAUUGAAGGAACAUGCAUAGAUAUUUGGCAUAAGUGGGCAAAAGUCCAUGAGUUUUGGUCAUUGUCACUGCUCUUUUCAGAAAGAUUGUGUUGAACUCGUAGAAGACUAAAGAUGUCAUUACAGACAUCACAGAUAUUUAUCUUUUGGCUUUGUGUACAUUAGAGAAUGUUGAUUAUUUUUAUACAAAAAUACAGCGGGUAAUUUUUUUAAUCUUUAGAUGCCUCUUGUUUGAAUGUAUGCUUUGUGGGAUUCUUUUGUGUAGUAACAUUUAAAAAAAGAUGUUUACUGAUAGUUACAUGUAGGUUAGAGUGUGUAAUAUAGUGUAAGGCUCCUGUUCCAGACCUACAAUAGCUCGUAGUCUAUGUUGCAUAUUUCCUUGUAUCACAUCUUUAAUGACCAGAUUCAAAUUUCAAGGUAAAGUAGGUGUACUCUGUAGUCAGCUUUCAUUUAUUAGCAUUCAAUCAUUGUGACGAGAGUUGUCACAUGCUUGACUUUUUCCCUCGUGUUGUAACUUCAGAACAAUUACAAGCUAAGCACUAGUACAAGAUGGUCCACUGUAUGGGGGUGGGGACACAAGGAAUUAAAACUUUAUUAUAGAUAAUCCAUAGCUUAUAUAAAAUUGAUUAUUUGGGAUAGAUUCCCCUUACAAUAAUGCUUACCUCCCAUGACUAUAUUACCUAUAGCCUUCAAGGUGUUAGCUUCGGACUGUGUUACAGGUUCUCCUUUUAUUUACACCCCUUCUAAUAGCAGUCCUGUGCCUAGCUCUGUGUUGUGUCCAAGAAAGCUUGCCAGAAGGGCUUCUGUUUGAGAGCACAUUAUAAUCUUAAAUCUCAUAAUAAUAAUCUUAAGAAUAGUCCAGAUCUUCUGUUGUCUCCACUCAAAAAAUACCAGAAAGUAUACUUGCUUUUUUCAGUUAAGUCUUUUCAUUUAGAAAUGGCUCGUGUGCUUUCAGCUGGUCAUUCUCACCUUUGAUGCAGCUGUUUCUUUCAAGAUAAUGAAACCAUCUUAAUUUCAGUUACGUAUAAUGGACGUGGACAGUGACACCAGGUGUCCACCUCUCUCUUGAGCUUUAAGCAGUUUUCUUAUGAUAUAGUUGGGAAGAGUACUAUUAUUUUCAUUUUUUCUUCAUACUGGGUUUUUUGUUUUUUUCAGAAUUUUGAUUGACAAGGGAAUGACAAGCAGCAGGGGAAUAUGGGAAGUUCUUCCUACUUUUGCCACAAGUUCACAUUUUUUCUUUAAACUGAUGCACUCUCUCCAUUGAGGGAAAAGCUUUAAGCCCUGCAUUCCUAAGGAAGUAAACGAGCAGGGAGCUGGUUUGUAGAAGUUACUUUUCCAGGGACGGGUUUUCAUCCAGCCCCGUGUCGGGAUGUCUGGCACAGCCCCGCGGCUUUGAUAGCACUGGCAUGGUAGGAGACAGACUGCUGUCCCCACACCUGUCGCUUUUUGAGGUGGCAUUAGGUAUUUCCAAGAUGGUACUUCUAAUUUGCUGUGGCAUCCUCUAGACAGGCAUUUUUUUUAAGUCCCACUUUCAGUGCUGUCCCCUAGAAUUAGAGGUGAAACGGGAGGAGAGAAAUGCCCGUGAAGAAAGCUCAAGGAUGCGAGAGGCAGACGGAGGCCAGCCACCCGUUAGUUUAUCCCGCCUGAACACUGAGCAGGUUUGCACUUGAGGUUAAUGCUGUUUUACCUAGUUUUAAAUAGAAAUGACUUUAAGUGGCCCACUGUUUUUGUUUCCUGGUGUGUUGAAACACUUAGAACUGUAUGAAAUGUUGUUAUGUCCAUGCCUUUGAGUAAUUUUUGACAUAGCUGAUUUUCAUACAUCCAGUGUGAAAUGACAGUCGGGCAUUUAUUCAAAUACCGCUUGUAGAUUGAGAUCUGCCAUAGUGCCCUCUAUCACUGAUGUGUUCGGUUCAAUUUUAUUAAGUCCCAUUAUCUGCAUUUGAAGGGUGUUGGCACAAGUGUGCUAGGGAUGCAGUAUAUAUAGAUUGUGUAGUCUUAGGUUGUGUUUACAUGUGUGGAAACAGUUUCAGAAAGAAUAAACUAUUGUAGAUGUAUGUGAAUGAUGUUUCCGCACAGCCAUACUGAAUGAAUGAAAUCCCUGACUGGACACACUGUUCAAACAUUUUAAAGAUUACUUUCAACCAAAACAACCUGGUUAUAUUUUGUAGUUAGAGGAUCCUCGCUCUUAGCGAGUGGCAAGAACACGCAGCGUUCGUGCAGCUAGCAUUGAGCGUUACCUAAUAGCAUGAAAGGGCCAUCCUCACACCUUACCCCCUAAGUUGCCUCUAGCCCUAAACUCUGUGUGAAAACUUUCUUCUUAAAGAGGACUUUGUCUGAAAAUCCUGGGAGAGGGUUUUGCAGUGGGGUUAAUUUUAGGAAGAUAACUGGACAGGGCUUUCUGUCGUGUUUCAGUAAAACCUCUGGGCAGUGGAACCGGCGCACUUGUCUGUGCACAGUGUUUGCUCUGUCUAUUCCCUGUGCGUCUUCUAGGGUGGAGGGUUGGGAAGUGGGGGAGGAGACCACAUGCAUGAGGAAGAGCGUUCCUGACCCAAGGGGACAGCACAGCUGACAGAGGUCAUGUUGUGCAGAUAGGCCUUCCGUAGUUCAAAACGGUGACUUGUAAUGGCUGGACCCCUGUUAUGCAGUAAGAGGGCAUAGUUUUUAGUGCGUUGAGAUUUACUUGUACUCAAACUCCAUUCUUCCACUCUUUGUCCACUGGCCCUGCCCUUAGGAGCAUAGUAAGAGUUCCAAUGAUACAUGAGUUAUUUUUGACUUCUGAAAGAGGUUGACAGCUAUUGUUGUUAGAAAAUGUUUGUCAAAACCUCAAAGGUUAAUCAUUCUAAUUGUGAUCACUUAUUGAGUAUUCAUUUUCAGGUGCCAAAGCUGAGUCAACCUUACCAACUUUUAUAAAUCAGAGCAUUUUUAAGAUCGUAUUUUAGUUGCUAGUUUGUGUCUCAGUCUAAGAACUGGAUGUCUGAGAACGGCCACAAGUUUCUCUUGGUCAGUGUGGGUUUCAGUGAGCACAAGCCUGCCUCCAUUUCUUUGAUGCGCAGUAGUGCGCGUCAAAGACUGUUUAACUCUCAUUUGAAUCUGUUUAGAACAUUUGAUUUCAUCUUAAAGGUUGCUUCAGUUUAGAUAAGCACAAAUACAGUAUUAGGAAAAGUAAAUACACAAUUUUACUAAAGUUUAAUUUCAACCCAUUAAAAGCUAUACAUUUUUAAAAGUAUUCUUAAAAUAAUCCUUUUUGGUUAGAAGUUCAGAAAAUAUGUCAUCAUAUAAUUCCCUUCAGAGCAGCAAUACAAGCCAUUUUUUCAAUUAAAAAUGUUAAAAAUUAUGUUCUCUUUAGAAAAAGUUUCCUAAGUUUUUAAGAAUUCUAAAGUUUUAUGUUAUUUUUAGAGCUUAUUUAAUCUAGCUUAAAGUAUACUAUAAGAAAGCUUUUUGAAAGUUGUAAAGCACUAAUACAAAUGUAAUUAUUACCAUCAGAUUCCAGAGCAAAACUCUUUUUCUGAACACUCACUCUAAUUAGUGCACAUAAGGGGUGACCUCGCCCCUUUUCAGAUGUGACCCAGCAUCUCCAAUGAAAACUGUCCCCUCUGCUCCAACGGAUGACCUUUUAAUAAAGUGCCAUAUCUGUGGAAGCUUUGGGGAAGUGUUUUCAAUGAAUGUUUCAUCUCUUUUCUUUUUAUAGCUUAUGGACAUUUUAUUUAAAGAUGAUAUUUUAAUCUCAGACGUUAAAGAGGUACUCUAGAAAGAUAUUCUUUUUAUUGUCUUUAAAAAAUACAGUUGCUGUCAGUGAUACCAGUGGUGUAAAUAUGCAUCUACGGAAAGAAAACCUGUGCAAAGGUUUUUAAAUCUAUUGUUUAAAAGUAAGUAUAGUAAUUAAUGAAGCCUAAUUUGGAAAAAGAAAUUAAUGUAAAUUAAAAGUUAUGCUAACGUGGCAUAGUUUGAAAUUUGAGUAAUAUAGUAAGUCCUUUUAGAUGACCUAUUUAAAUUGACUCUAGUAACUAAUCUUCUUAAGGAUUGACAGUAGCCAUCAUUAUUGGCCCAGAAGUUACACGUUAGGGAAUACUAUCAGUGCUAGCUCGUGUUUUGGGAGCUCUAAUUGAUGGAGGUGAGAAGUCGGUUUUUAUGGGGGUGGUGGGGCUGGGGGGGAAAUAAGCAUCAGUCUAAGUUUUCAGUCUUGCCUCAAAAACACCAGAAGUAUCCAUUGUUUAAAUCUUUGUUUUUCAGAAUGUUAGAAGCCAUAAUUCUUUUUGUUUUAGGUAGUACUAAAUAAUCUAUUUCAGUAAUAAAGCAAUAGAUAAACAUAAUCAUUCUGUUAAUAUGAUGAAGGGGGUUUUACAUGCAUUUGAUGAAUUAGCUAUGACAACGUACAGCUAAAAGGCAGUUACUUACCUUUUAACCUGUUUCAUCUUCUGAAUAUACAGCAUGGAGCCUACCCUACUCAAAAUGUUGAUUUGGGUUUAAAUCACCUAUGAGGUUCCUCCCAGCUCUAAAACUGUGAUUUGGGGCCACAUAAUGGGAUAUUUUUAAGUUGCUCCUACUUAAUUCACAUUCCCUUCUUAACAGUUCAUACUUUCAAGCUAUUGCUAAAAUAUUAUUAUUAAGCAUUACCUCCUUGGUCACCUUGUCUUUGUUGUCCUAAGGAAUAAGGCAGAAAAUUCAGACAGACAAGCAAAUUGCAGACAUUUUUCUAAAUGUUUCCUGCUAGUUAACCAUGGAAUCUGUGAACACACAUGAAUAGUGUCAUUCAUACAUUCACCCAUUCACGUAGCAAACCAUUUGAACACUUACUAUGUGUGGCAUGUGCUGCACAUGACCUAAGGAACUAGUAAGAAGUAAACAGAAUCUCUCCAAACAAAAUUCUGAUUGCAUUUUUAACAGAUAUACACAAUUAUUAUUACUUAAUGUAUUGCAUGUAAAGUUGGGACUGAGGGAAUUUUGGUGUGCAUUGGGAGGGAUUAGGCUAGAUAUCUAAGAGUCUGAGUGAAUCACUAAACAUCAGUCAAUCAUAUACCUGAUUAGGUUAUAAAAUUAAGGGUACUAACAUUAAGAAUUAAUAUUUUGAGACUGUUGUGACAGCCCAUAUUUCUAAGAAUCACUUUGACACUUGAAUCUAUUCCAGAAGUGUUACUAUGCAGAGUGUGUGACAGAACCAUACAAAGACGCUAGUGCUGACUUACUAUACAUUUUUUUAAUUACUUUUUUAUUGUUCUAUUAUAGUUGUCCCAGUCUUUGGCCCAUUGCUGUCCCCUGCCCCGCCCACCCGACUCACUAUACAUUUUAACUAUAAAAGCUUUAUGCCCAGUAUUGACAGUGAAGUAAUAUCUAAAACUGAAAAAUCUGAAAGGACAUAGCUGAACAGUUUUAUUUUUUGUUUGGUUUUGGCUUAUUUUUAAAACAAGAAAGAUUACAUAAAAUACAUUUUAUCACUAAUACCUAAUCUUUGAAAGCACACAUUACAUAGUAAAAGGGUUUCCUUUGAAAUGUAGAACUAGUAAACAUAAGAGUUCUUUUUUUUGUUGUCGUUUUUUUAUCCUCACCUGAGGUCAUCUUUUCAUUGCUUUUUAGAGGGGGUGGGGAGAAACAUUGAUUGGUUGCUCCUUGUACACAACCCCAACCGAGGAUUAAACCCGAAACCUAGGUGUGUGCCCUGACAGGGAAUGGAACUGCAUGCAGCCUUCUGGUGUACGGGGCUACCCUCCAGCCAACUGAGCCACCCAGUCAGGGCAAGAGUUCAGUGUUUAAACUGACAAGUAUUUGGGGAGUGAGCAUUGAAUGGGAUCAAUUCUCAACUGGGUAGAGGACUCCUUACCACUUGAGGAUUCUGUGAAUCACAGUGUAAUUCCUGUCAGUACAGCGUUAUGUACAUUAACAUUACUUGAUACUAACAUUCUAUAAAGAUUUUUUUAAAUCUAAUAUUAAAAAAUCCUUUUAUGCGUCAAAGUCACAGUUUCUUAAAGCAAGAAAAUGUCCAAGUACAUGUUGGACUAGAAUCUAUAACACUGAUUAAAAACAGGAAUACUGACACCCGAGUAAUUUGAUAGUCUGGCACAGUCUAAGAUGUCUUAAUUUACCCAAUUUAAAAAAUAUUUUAUGCUGUUAAAAUAUAUAUUGCAUAAACACUUUUUGUAUAUAUAUUCUUUAAAUUUAAAGUCAUUGGAGUUUGCAAGUAUGGUAUAAUUUUGGAUGUCUAACUUCCAGUAUGUUUAACCACAUUCCCAAUCACCUUAUUCAAAAGGUUGGUCAUUUUGUUUUUUUGCCAUAAGAGGGAAAAGUCAGAGUAGCUUCCUACAUUACCCUCGUGCAGAGCAUGCGGAGGGGUGAGGGCCGCCGCGGCUGGUGGCUGCUGACACUGGCGGCAGGUGUGCCAGGCCUCUGCUGAGUCGGUGCUUGUGUCUUGGUGGGUGAUUUGGGGGGGUGUUGGUUUAACAAAGGCAAAUUAUGAUAAACUGGUUUUAUUAAAAAAUACUAAUUUUUGAUGCUUCAAGCACACGUUAACUGAUUUUUCCAUUCCUCCUUUUGGUUCCUCACAUUGCUCUUACAUAGGACGUUCAUGUUAUUAAAGCCUCAAAAGCUGAUCCACCCAGGAUGAACAAAGCAUCACGGGGGGGGGGGGGACGUUUUUUAUCCUUACAGAAAACAAAUGUUAAGAUUAUUUAUAAAUGUAUUCUUUACAUUGGAUAUUGUAUUAGAGUUCUCCUUACAGGAAAUUGAAUAGUUGUAGCACUCUUAGCAUUAGCGUUCUUAGAUUGGUGUCUGUAGCUACAGUUUUCAAACAUAUAACCUGAAAAUGAAGUUAAUUUUGCAUUAUAAGAGCACACCAUGAUCUAUGUAAAAAGAUUGUCCAUUUGGUGUAUUUUUUUAAAAAAGAGAAGGCACUUUCAUAUUAACAAGUAGCAUGUGUAUUAAUUUUAGAUUUCCAUAUUUGUUGUGUCUGUAUUUAGUAAAGUUAAAAUUAAGCAUUCAAAUGUUUGUUGAUGGCAACAUUAACUAUUAAAUUAAAGCACCUUAUACUCUGCUGCUUAAACUUGCUUGUAAUUGCACCUUUGUUACCUGCACAUUUUCACAUAGAAUAUUGUUGUAACAUUGCUUCGUGUGGGUCUGGAUGGAAGGUUAGUGGGCCUGCAGGAUCAUUUAUUUAUGUUGUUUAUAAUUAAAUAAUAUAUUGUAGACCAGCUGUUAAGUUCAUUUCUUUAAAAAUAAAAGCCUCUUCCAUUUG